AAGAGUAUUAUUGGAAAAUGUUAAGCUGAUUCUUGAAGCUUUUGAUUACCUUCAGUUCCCAUUUGCUUUAAAGCAAGGUCAUGUUGGCAAGUUGAGUAUUAGGAUUCCAUGGAAAAAGCUUGGCUGGGAUCUUGUUAUAAUCAUCUUAGAGGAUGUAUUGAUCUGUGCCUCCCAAGGAGAUGAAAAAGAGGCAGUGACUGUAUUUGCUAUGAAGUUUUCAAGCUUGACAAUUAUGAAGCAACAUUUUCCUGGGUAUUAUUCUAUUUUUUGA